GCUUCGGUUGUCUCCGCGUCGCCUCCGCUACAGUCGCUGUCGGUCCGUCGCGGUGUUCACAUCUCUCUCUCUCGCCGUCUGCCUUCGCUCCGUAGGUCGCCCAAGCAGAAGCGAUGUUCCGUUUGCGGCUGGUGCUGUUGGUGGCGGCCGCGGCGCUGCUGGCGGGAGACGUUGGGGUGGCCGAGGCCGGGGUGGUGAACACCGUCAAGGGCUGGUUCAAGGGCAAGCCGGCCAACGCCACCGCGGUCCGCAACGCCACGGACCCCGCCGCCCCGCCGGGCAGCAGGGAGUACCUCGCCAGAUACACCGACGGUGCCGCAUUCCUCAGGGAGCCCGGCGUCUGCGGCGUCACCAAAGUCCUAUAUAAUGCCACACUGGCUGCAGCCAAUGGAACAAAAGCAACGCCACCCGCCUCUACAGGCAGUACAUUCACGCCGGCCCCCGGCUGGAGGACCGUGCCGUACUGCUGCUCGGGCUACAAGCUGGGCACCGACUACCACUGCCUGCCCCAGUGCGAGGGUGGCUGCCGCGGUGGCAACUGUUCCGCACCCAACGUCUGCACCUGUGGUCGUGGAAAGGUACUGGACCUGAGUGGGAACUGCAUCCCCACGUGCCCCGGUAAGUGCGCUCACGGCACGUGUACCGGCAGCGGCACGUGCAACUGCGACCACGGCUACUGGCCGGACUCCACGGGCAAGCUGUGUGUGCCACUCUGCCCUGGUGGCUGCGGUCCCGCCCCCGGAAACUGCACGGCACCCGGAGUGUGCUCCUGCUCUGACGCUCGCUACACGCUGGACAACGCCAGGAAAGUCUGCCUGCCCAGGUGUGAAGGAGGCUGCUUGAAUGGUGACUGUACGGCCCCUAAUGAGUGUACGUGCCACCCCGGUUACGUGAAGGUGGGCAAGUCCAACCAGUGCGCACCCACGUGCAAGUCCGGCUGCCCGCACGGUCGUUGUACUGGCCCGGACACAUGUACUUGUGACUCCGGAUACUACCUGGAUGCUGCCACCAAAACCUGCCGCCCUAACUGUCCCGGAGGGUGUGCCAACGGCCGCUGCACGGGUCCCAAUAAGUGCGUCUGCAACUCCGGCUACACUGUGGACCCCGCAGCCCGGCCGGCCGGCUCUCGCUGCGUCCCCCACUGUGCCGGAGGCUGCGUGGGCGGAGUCUGCUCUGCACCCGGUGUCUGCACCUGCCUCUCUGGGUACGAGAAAGACGCAAAGAACAAGACGGGCCGCGUGUGUGUUCCACGCUGCUCGACACCUUGCGGGCGGGGUGCCAAGUGCACCGCCCCCGACACGUGCGACUGCUUGCCCGGCUACAUCAGGGAGACCGCACCAUCCGGUGUCAAGGGUAGGAACGCCACAGUGCUGUGCCGCCCAGACUGCCCCAAGGGCUGUGGCCCAGGAGCAGUCUGCUCAUCCCCCGGCCGCUGCACCUGCCUGCCGGGCUACGCGGAGUCGUCUCCCAAGUCGAACGUCUGUGUCCCUGUCUGCACGCACGGUUGCGUCAUGGGUGACUGCACUGGUCCUGAUGUCUGCACGUGUAAACUGGGGUACGUGAAGGACCCGAUGGACCUGCGCGGGGCGCGCUGCAUCGCCAACUGCCCCGGCGGCUGCAUCAACGGCAUCUGCUCUGGCCCGGGGCUCUGCCUGUGCAAUGCGGGAUUCGUCAAGGACAAGUCCGUCAAGGCGGGCAACAAGUGUGUGCCACGCUCCGGCUAGAUGCGGUGGAGCAUCUAGCACGUGGCGAGCACCACAGAUUGUGCAUUUUGAAGUUGCCAUUGAUUGGCUGAUGCACAAGUAGCAGCACCAAAGUCUGAAUAUAUUUUUCAUCUGUAUCAAGUAUUCCUAAAAUAAAUAACAUUCUUCAGCACAA